AUGGAAGUCAGACGACUGUCUGCUGAGUACUACUUAGGUCCAAGUUCGUUCACUGUCAAGAUUGACUUGGAAGGCAUUACCAGCACAUUGACAUUCCAAUCAUUCGCCACAGUUGACAAUGUCAAAUAUGAGAUAUUCAAACAGAACAGGGACAUCCUAAAAGAUCAAAGUCACCAUGACUACCUCCUGGCUCUAAACAAGAGAACUGAUGUAUUACAGAUUGAGUUUGUCAAGUUUAUAUUUGCUCAUGAGGGUAUACAAAAGGCAUUGACAACGAAGGAGGAAGCAUCGAUUGAGGUAUUCCUUGUUCCAAAGCCAAAUGAGAUAAAGGCAUUCAUGAAGAAGGCUGAUAGGAUAAAGAAACAACUCAUAUCAAUAUCAUCCAAACAACUUACCAAACAUGUGGUCACACCAUCACCAUACGUAUCACCCAAUGUACAGUCCAAUCAAUCACUACCAUCACUAGAUAUAUGUCCAACAUCACCACAACCAUCACAUUCAUCAUCUUCUUCAUCAUCAGCUCGCAACUCAACACAUAUGCCCGAGACGACAACACCAACAUCAUCACCUGGCAGCACAUUCUUGGCGGUCAAAAGGAUACCACGAGGUACUUUUGGCAAUGCAAUGGAGUUCAACCAAUCAAUGGAUGGAAGAGUGGAUUUAUUACCCUUGGUACCUGGUCAAGCAUCAUCGUCCAACAUCAACAACACUGGCCAAUCAUCGUCAACAAACAAAUCAAACUCAAAGGAUUAUGGCGAUAAUCUAUCACCUCGUGGAUCAAGAAUACUUAAACCGCGAUUUGAUGCUGAGGAUCCAAUGGAUCGCGAUAUCCUCCCACCAAACAACGAGAUGGUAUCACUUCAGCAACAGUUGGUCGACAUUGAGGAUGCCCAGCUGAAGUAUCUCUCUAGGUCAUUCGAGGACAAUGACAAUGAUACACAGCAACAUGAUCACAAACAUCACACACGCGAUCACACGCAUGAGGGUCUGGAGGAAGACGAAGAUGAGCCCCUCGAUGUUCUGAAGGAUGUUGAGGACUUGCCAACGUGUUGGACUGACAUGGUAUCAUUCGCAAAUCACCCUUUGGAUGAUGUCAAUGGAUAUCACAACUUCCCUGUGUUGGUCUCCACAUCCAAAGACAUGUCGGCAAUAUUUGGAUGUCCCAGUGGAGCCACGGCCGCAGAGUUCAGACAGCAUAUCAUCACACAGAUGGAGAGUAUGAUUGCAUCCAUACGCAAUGGAUCAAUGUCACUUGACCUCAGCUCAGAUGGCCACUCGCCCAUGGCCAACGACACCUCAAUGCAUGACCUUAUCAGCUCGAGCUACCCUGGCAUCCCCAGAGUGAUCGUGGGUGCCACGCCCACGCCCAAGCAAGAGUCGUCGUCCAGCAACUUCACGCAUAGGGUACCUUCAACCAUCGUACCGCGAUACAGUACACGUCUACAAGCAAUCAAUAAGCCACCAAUAAUGACAGCCAGGAGCAACAAUGGAGUGUUCAGACAGCAACAGUCACGCAGUCCAAUAUGCAUUGGCAGUGGAAGGGAUGCCUCGUUCUCAUUGGGUGAGCAACGCGACCAAACUAUCAAGGCGACGGUACAACGAAGGAAGUUGGCACAGAUCCACAUUGCAUCACUACUUGGACGGCCCAUCGCCUGGACCAAGGACGACUCAGAAGUGAAGCAGUUCAGAAGUAUAAUGGAGAAUGUAUUCAAUCUUCAUGAGCUGGACAAGCGCGAGCGUAUCAAGAUCACGCUGGCGCCAACUAUGGCGACCAAGAUUGGCGAUGAUCCAUUGCUCCCAACAGCAUUCCACAUCAAGGUUUACAUCCCCCCAGACAAUCACUCAACGACCAUUUGUGUAAAUGGUGUCGACUUGAUCAGCCACAUCAUUGAGCGUGUCGUGGCCAAACAACACUCUGCCACGCUGCUACUGGAUCACAAGGCAUCAGACUUUGUAUUGAGGAUAACAGGCACAUCCGAUCAUAUUAUCAAUGAUUGUGAGAUCAAGAGGCUGGAGCAUGUUAGGUAUAGACUACAAAGGAAGUUGGACAUCAAGUUCAGUUUGGUCAAUCGGUCAACUUUACCCAACAUGAUGAUGGGUGGUGGCUACAUCGACGGUGCAAGUCAAGACAUUGUAGUGAUAAACAACUCAAUACCAGUGCGUAGCAACGACAAAAAGGCCACUGCCAAGUCAAUCCUGCCGCAACAGACCGCCAUCAUAGGGUCGGCGCGAUACUUGAGCCUCAGUCCAGCCAUGUCGGCGUCCGGCUCCACGAUCUCAUCAAAGCCCACGAGACACUCUAUCCUGUUGAGUGAGAUCAACAGACCAUUCGAGAUACGAAUCAUAUGUCUUGAGAACCUCACUGGCUCGCUGUUCUCAUCACUCACCCCUGAUGCGCCACUCAAUGAUAUCAAACUCACAAUUGUCGUCAGUCUGUACCAUGGCGACGACCUGCUCACUGAGCCACUGGAGACCACAUUCAAGUCAGUGCACAAUCCACUCUGGUGUGAAUGGCUAAGAUCCACAUUGUUGUUGUGUGAUGUUCCACGCGCAGCCAAGGUGUGCAUCACAAUGUACGCAUCAGUUGGCGAACGACCCAAGAUCAGCAUAGGCUGGGCAGACCUUCAACUGAUAGACCAUCGAGGCAAUCUACAAAACGGUGUGAUUGGACUGAUGUUAUGUCCAGGUGAUCGUGCCGCUGCUUCAUCAGCAGUAGCCGUGGCCUACAAUCAAACAUGUCCAUCUCUUGUGAUUGAGUUUGCUCAAUUCCCAUUCCCUGUGCUUUCACCUCGUCCAUUAUCCAGACGCGAGACCCGUGCCAACUCAUCAACUUCCCCUGUCGCCGACAACGAUCAUAAGGACAACAAGAACUAUGUUGAACCUCGACGACAUGACUUGGAGCGCAUGGAGCUGCUGAUCAAGCGUCAUCCAAUGAAUGAGAUGUCCACACUUGAUCGCCAGUUCAUUUGGAUGUAUCGCGUGUACCUCAAGGGAGUCUAUCCAAACUCAUUGCCAAGGAUACUGCAAUGUGUCCAUUGGAGUAAUCCUCACGAGGUCAAGCAGGUCCAUGAGCUGCUGGCCGACUGGCCCCAGAUCCCGCCAACUGAUGCCAUCGAACUGCUGGACAUCAAGUUUGCAGAUGAACUUGUUCGCGAGUAUGCCGUCACUUGUCUUCUUCCACUAAGUGACCAGGAGCUAGUGCGAUACCUACUUCCAUUGGUCCAAUCACUCAAACAUGAGCCAUACCAUGACUCAUCACUCGGUCGCUUCCUCAUACAACGAGCAUUGGCCAAUCGUGCAAUGAUUGGACAUCGAUUCUUCUGGCUCCUCGAGGCUGAGCUACAUGACCCCAGACACUCUGACAGAUGUGCACUCAUACUGGAGACUUUCCUCAAGGGCUGUGGAGACCAACGCCACGAGUUUGUCAAGCAGAUGGAGGUCGUGACCAAGCUGUGCUCCAUCGCUCAAUCAAUCAAACUGGCACCAACCAACAAGAGGAAGCAGAUGCUGCAUGAUGAGUUGACGCGUGUAGAGUGGCCAAACACAUUCCAUCUACCGACAUCAGUGACAACCCAGGCAUGUGGCAUCAUCAUUGAUGAGUGUCGCUGGCUGGACUCAUCCAUUGCAACUUUGUUGCUCGUAUUCCAGAAUGUUGAUCCGAUGGGCGAUCCCAUCAGAGUUGUGUACAGACAUGGCGAUGACCUCCGUCAAGAUAUGUUCACACUGAACAUGAUGUCAUUGAUGGAUGAUAUAUGGAAGAGUAAUGGACUCGAUCUACACAUGUCCAUUUACAAUGUGACGGCCACUGGUGAGCGAUCUGGAUUCAUCGAGGUGAUGGUGGACACGCCACACAUCCUGGCCAAUAUCCACAAGGAGACCAAUACAAUAUCAAAGAUACCAGGACUUGCUGGAUGGAUCAAAGAGAGGAACCAAAGUGACGCUGACUACGAGUCUGCCGUUCAAAACUUCAUCCACUCACUCGCCGGCUACUCCGUAGCCACACACAGUCUUGGCAUCGGAGACAGGCAACACGACGACACCGACAUCAUGGUUACAAACUCUGGUCACCUACUACACAAGGACUUUGCUCACUUCCUUGGAAGUGUUAGGAAGAGUAUUCAAUCAAGUUCAAAGAAGGACAAGGUCAUGCCAUUGAUAGUGACUGCCGAGUUUGUGACGGUGAUGGGUGGAGAGAAGAGUAGUUUGUUUAAAUGGUUCUCAGAUCUCUGUUGUCUAUCAUUCGAUCUGAUCAGGAAACACGUCUCAUUGUUCAUUGUCCUGUUCAAACUGGUACUGUCAACUGGUAUCUCAGAGUUGUCAAGACGUAGUGACAUUGAGUAUCUGCGGUCGUCCUUCAUGGUAGAAGCGGCAGACGACGAACAAGCCAAACAAUCAUUCGAGACCCUCAUCCAGAAGAGUCUAAGGAAGAAGACGACACCACAAUAA